AUAGCCUUGAGCAGGGCAGGGGAAGACUUCAAGACAAGGAAGGGAUGGUCGCGUGCGGAAUUUUGUGCGGAGGGCGGUCCGUGAAGCUGCGUAUAUGAUCCACGAUAAGCGGGCGUCAUGACGAGCCGCAUAGAGAGCGCGCCGGCGGCUGAGCGCUACUUCUGCACGCUCAGCCCGCUCUGCAAGCGCAUCAUCUCCAACGUGCAGACGAUUCGCACGCUGCACGCGGACGGCUGGGAUGAGCUGAGCUACGCCGACCAGUGCCAGGUCAUCGACGGCCACAUGGUCAACCAGGAAACGGCCGACCACUGGCGCCGCCUGUCGCGCCAGCCCUGGCGACGGCGCCCCCAGCGGCUGGAACUCGACCCCGCCGAAGGUGGUGGAGGACGAGGACCCGGAGACGGGACAGACGGUACGGUGGCGGGACGAGCACGCGGCACCCUUCUCCUGGCGCACGCCCAGUCAGGAGCGCGUGGCCGCCAGCUGCCUGCAGGCCGAGCAGGAGUCGCCUACGCACCGGCAGUCGUUCGUCGUCCGUGACAGCAUCAGGAACAGACUGUCCAGGGUGGAGCACAUGUACGAGAGCUACUCUCCCAAGCGCACGGUCGGCGAGCGUUUCGACUCACCUAGCCUGGUGCUGGGCGGCUCGAGCGGCGCGGAGCCGGCCGCCGCCAGCCGCUUCGCUCAAGCAGCAGGUGCUGGCCCGGCUGGCGCAUGGCCGGCGCGUGUUGCUCUCCAUCACCCGGCUUGGCAAACAGCCGGCGGCGGCGGCGGCGCGGCCCGCCCACCUGCGUCCGGCCCGAGAUCUCGCCGCCUCGGCCCGGCUUCGUCACGCCUCAGCCGGUCAUCUCCGCCCCGCAGCCGGAGGUAGUCGUCUCCGCAGCCGGCCAGUCCGCUCUCCGCAGCCGGAGGCGGCCUCGCC